AUGUAUCUAGUACCCCAGGGAACAACAUGGUAUGCUCUUGCCCUCUUUCACUUUGCAAGCACAGUUCGCGCAAAGGAUGAGUGCCAACCCAUAUACUGGGAACAUGGCCAAUUUGAGAAACGGACCUUAGCCAACACCACCCUUUCCGGCUCCCUAGCCGCAUCGUCUACUACUGUCCCUCCCAUGCCGGUCCCCACCAGCCCCCUCAUCAGCAGUGGAUAUGUCACCCCGGGUCAAGUUAACUGUCGGUAUACCGCCAGCACGGAAGACAUGGACGUCAACUACUAUACUUGUACUGCACUAGCCCUCAAAUACGGGAUCUCUGUCGAAACCUUCUUCAAGCUGAAUCCGGGAGUGCAUUCUGACUGCGGGAACAUUGAAGCCGAUACCGAGUAUUGCGUGGCAGGCUGUAAGACACCCGCAUGUCCUGGACGCCGAUGA